ACGGUUUGCUCGUUACUCUUCACCCAAUAUACUUACCCCCCGAUUGAAAUGGUUAACGUUUUCAACGUUCAAAUUUUUUUUGUGGUUUUCAGAGAAACCUUAGAAGCCGUGGUUGUGGUUUCUGUUUUGCUUGCCUUUUUGAAACAAGGGUUGGGUGAUGCCGAUAAUGAUCCAACGACUUAUAAACGGUUGAGAAAACAAGUCUGGCUAGGAUCGAUUCUAGGGGUCUUGAUUUGUCUUAUUCUUGGUUGUGCAUUCAUUGGUGCGUUCUACGGGUUAGGUAAUGAUAUUUGGUCUGCUUCCGAAGAUUUAUGGGAAGGUAUUUUCUGUAUUAUCGCUACGGUUUUGAUCUCGCUCAUGGGUAUUGCCAUGUUGCGUAUUAAUAAAAUGAAGGAAAAAUGGAGAAUUAAAUUGGCCCAGGCUUUAGUUAAAGCUCCUCCAAAGGGUAAGGAUCGCUUUAAGAUUGGUUAUCUCACUAAAAAAUACUGUAUGUUCAUCUUACCCUUCAUCACCUGUUUAAGAGAAGGUUUGGAAGCAGUGGUUUUCGUUGGUGGGGUUGGUUUAAGCUCGCCUGCUUCCUCUUUCCCCAUCCCCGUUAUCGUGGGGUUGAUUGCUGGUAUUGCAGUUGGUUCUAUCUUAUAUUUCUCCGGUUCCACCGUUUCUUUACAAAUCUUUCUUAUUAUUUCAACCUGUAUCUUGUAUCUUAUUGCAGCUGGGUUGUUGUCAAGAGGGGUUUGGUUCUUUGAAACUUAUGUCUUUAAUCAAAAAACCGGUGGGGACGCUUCAGAAAAUGGUUCCGGUCCUGGUACUUACGAUAUCACCAAAUCAGUUUGGCACGUCAACUGCUGUAAUCCUGAAACCGAUAACGGUUGGGAUGUCUUUAAUUCUUUAUUGGGCUGGCAAAAUUCCGCCACUUACGGUUCAGUCAUCUCCUAUAAUAUCUACUGGUUAGUCAUAAUCUUGGUCUUGGCCUUAAUGGCUUACGAAGAACAAACCGGCCACUUACCUUUCUGUAAAAACUUGAGAAUGGUUCAAUUGAACCCAAUGUACCAUAUCAAAGGUAAAAAGAAACAUGAAUUAACCAAGGCUGAACAAGAAGAAUUAUUCAAUAAAGUUAAAAUUCAAAGAAAUUUCGAAUCUCAACCUGAAGAUGUUGAUGAAGUUGAAAAAAAACAAACCACUAACUAAUCUGGGGGAUACACUAUUUCAAAGUUUAUAUAUAUACACACACACACACACACAAACAACUUUGAAAUCGUUAUAGAGUCGAGCCGUUCGCUUUUGUAUAUUUUGGGGUCUAUUGGGUCAUUAGAGUCUUGGGUCGUUUUAAUUAAUUUGACUUAAUAUAAAUUCGGGU